AAAGAGGGUAUAAUUUAGAUGUAUAGUUAAAUUCGGAGCAGUGAAUUUUUCGUACUUCAGAAAUGGUGAUUGUUUCAAAGAAGAAUAAGAACAGUAGAGGUAAGCUUCCUCCUGGUUCCAUGGGAUGGCCUUACUUAGGAGAGACUCUACAACUCUAUUCACAGAACCCCAAUGUUUUCUUUACCUCCAAGCAAAAGAGAUAUGGAGAGAUAUUCAAAACCCGAAUCCUCGGCUAUCCAUGCGUGAUGUUGGCUAGCCCUGAGGCUGCGAGAUUUGUCCUUGGGACUCAUGCCCAUAUGUUCAAACCAACUUAUCCGAGGAGCAAAGAGAAGCUGAUAGGACCCUCUGCACUCUUUUUCCACCAAGGAGAUUAUCAUUCCCAUAUAAGGAAACUUGUUCAAUCUUCUUUAUACCCUGAAACCAUCCGUAAACUCAUCCCUGAUAUCGAGCACAUUGCCCUUUCUUCCUUACAAUCUUGGGCCAAUAUGCAUAUUGUCUCCACCUACCAGGAGAUGAAGAAGUUCGCGUUCGAUGUAGGGAUUCUAGCCAUUUUUGGGCAUUUGGAGUGUUCUUACAAAGAGAUCUUGAAACAUAACUACAAUAUUGUGGACAAAGGCUACAACUCUUUCCCCAUGAGUAUCCCCGGAACAUCUUAUCACAAAGCUCUCAUGGCGAGAAAGCGGCUAAAGACAAUAGUAAGCGAGAUUAUACGCGAAAGAAGAGAGAAAAGGGUCUUGCAAACGGACUUUCUCGGUCAUCUGCUCAACUUCAAGGACGAAAAAGGUCGUGUGCUAACGCAAGAACAGAUUGCAGACAACAUCAUCGGAGUCCUUUUCGCCGCACAAGACACGACAGCUAGUUGCUUAACUUGGAUUCUUAAGUACUUACAUGAUGAUCAGAAGCUUCUAGAGGCUGUUAAGGCUGAGCAAAGGGCUAUAUAUGAAGAAAACAGUAGAGAGAAGAAACCUUUAACAUGGGGACAAACGAGGAAUAUGCCACUAACACAUAAGGUUAUAGUUGAAAGCUUGAGGAUGGCAAGCAUCAUAUCCUUCACAUUCAGAGAAGCAGUGGUUGAUGUUGAAUAUAAGGGAUAUUUGAUACCUAAGGGAUGGAAAGUGAUGCCACUAUUUCGGAAUAUUCAUCACAAUCCGAAAUAUUUUUCAAACCCUGAGGUUUUCGAUCCAUCUAGAUUUGAGGUGAAUCCGAAGCCGAAUACAUUCAUGCCAUUUGGAAGUGGAGUUCAUGCUUGUCCCGGGAACGAACUCGCCAAGUUACAAAUUCUUAUAUUUCUCCACCAUUUAACUUCCAAUUUCCGAUGGGAAGUGAAGGGAGGCGAGAAAGGAAUACAGUACAGUCCAUUUCCGAUACCUCAAGACGGUCUUCCCGCUACAUUUCGUCGAGAUUCUCUUUAGUUCUUUAGUUAAACCAUCAAAGUCUAUUACUAAUCUUUGUCUUAAUUAGCCAAAAUUAAUCUAAAUUCGAUUU